CGGGCCGGACUUCGAUCGGUCGAGCCCGGUUGGACCCAUUGACUGAGCGCCAGCGGUAGUCACCUGCAGCUAGCCCACAACUGCUCCAUCCUUCUCCUUUGACUGCGGACCAUUGAUUUGUCAUUCCGCUCCAUUCCCGUAAACCUGCACACACGAUGGACUUUUCCGGGUGAUGCCAAGUCAGGCGGGGGCAGUUACGAGAAUGAAAUCCGUUAAGAAAUUGGUUCCUAAGCCUCAACAACUCUCGAUUACGGCUUCUCCCGCCUCAUUUUUUCGUGUAAAUUGCAGGAAAAUCUCUCUAUCUGUUAUAGCAAUGCUUGCAUUAUGCUUGAUAGCUCUGUUAAGCAUUUCGUCGAUCGAGGAGCGUGUGCUUGGAUCUUCUACUCCGCCCUUGUCCGAUCAGCUCUACACUGGUGAAGUAGUCAACGAGUUCCCUCACGAUCCCGAAGCCUUUACUCAGGGAUUAUUGUAUGCUGAAAAAGAUACCUUGUUUGAAUCAACUGGACUUAAUGGACGCUCAUCUGUUCGGAGAGUUGUUCUUUCUACUGGUGAGGUGGAAGUUAGUCAUAAAAUGCAGUACUCUGAUUUUGGGGAGGGCUUAACACUUCUUGGUGACAGGUUGUUUCAAGUAAUUUGGCUGCACAGUACUGGUUACAUAUAUGACCGAUAUAAUUUAAGCAAAUUUAAGGGUUUUACUCACGAAAUGAAAGAUGGUUGGGGAUUGGCAACCGAUGGGAAAGUUCUAUAUGGAAGUGAUGGAACUUCAACAUUGUAUCAAAUUGAUCCCCACACUAUGAAAGCAAUCACAAAACAUACCGUCAAGUAUCGAGGACAAGAAGUGCCAAGACUCAAUGAGCUUGAGUAUGUAAAUGGUGAAGUUUGGGCAAAUGUGUGGAUGACUGAUUGUAUUGCUAGAAUCUCCCCAAAAGAUGGCAUGGUGCUUGGAUGGAUUCUCCUUCCCAGUUUAAGAGAAGGAUUAUUCGCAAGUGGGCAUGAACAAAUCGAUGUCCUGAAUGGCAUAGCAUGGGAUAGAGAUAGAAGCCGUAUUUUUGUGACUGGAAAGCUAUGGCCGAAACUGUUUGAGAUCAAAGUGCAUCCAUUGAAGACACCAUUCAAGGGAGAUGUCAAGAAGAUGUGCAUCCCAAAUACAGUUUAAAUAAAAUAAAGGCAAAGUCUCUAUACAUACGUGGACCGGAGACUCGGAGAGGCGGAGAGCUAUGGCCGAAACUUUUUGAGAAUCAAGGUGCAUCCAUCGAAGACACCAUUGAGGGGAGAUGUUAAGAAGAUGUGCACUCCCUCUAACAGACCAUUUGUGAGUUUAUGUAGAUAAACGUUUUUGGUGGAAAUUGUGAAAAUACUAUGUUUUACCACGUUGUAAGGAAUGUAAUUGGACUGCUAUGCAGACACUAUUUCCUUGUAGUCUGUUUGUCUGAGGGUGUCAUACAGACUAUUUCGGAGUGUUCUUUGGUCUAUCUUCAAGAAGAGCGCUUUGAGAAUCAAA